GAGGCACGAGGCAAGGAGAAUCUACAUGUAGCAAUCCCCAUAAAACGCUGCCCAGAGGCAAGUUACUAUUAUAGUAGUUAAAGGACUCCAACAUAACCAUGGGACUGUCUGCCUCCAGAUUCGCCACAGGCGGCACACUUAGAGGAGCAUAUGCUCCUCCUCUCCCCGGUGUGGCGCAACCCACAAAGCUAGACCCUGAGAUCAAAAAGUACCGGUUGACGGUGCCUCAAGGCAAGGGAGCCGGCGAUAGAAUGAUAGUCUCAAUCAAAGGACGCGAAGUCUCUGUGAGAAUUCCAGACAAUUUUGUGACUGACGGUGGAGGAUCCAGGCCAAUUAAACCGGGAGAUAAAUUCACCUUUGAAUGGGGUGACCGAGAUCGAGUGAUUGCAUCCACCCUUCCGACGUUGCCAGGUUCAACCGUGGUGGAAGCCAAGCCCAUUCUCUUUGCCAAUGUAUCUCAUGCCUUUUUUCAUGCUCGCCACAAUGAUCAAGUGGAACAGACUAAGAUGAGCAAAAUAGUGCAAGGGUUGAUGCAGGAAGCACAGAGUAUUCUCUUGCAAAAAACCGUCGAGGAGGGUUGCAAUGCUGUGUUAAGCAUCAACUGCAACGUAUCCACUGACAGUAGCGGGGACAAUGGCAAUUCAAAGAUUGUCAUCGUGACGAUGAUUGGAACACCCUGUGUUGUCAUGCCCUUGAGCCAACUACCAGCCGUACAAGCGGAAGUUACUGUGGUCCCCGAGAUGCUUUAUUAAUUAAAAAUGCAACGAAAGAUUUUGAACGGGAGCAAACUUUUCUAGCUAUAGAAACUUAUUGCUUACAGCUGCAUCUUUCAUCGAUGCUGCGUUCAUUCUCAGACCUACGGAUUGUACAGCAGGUCAUCUAUUUCCAAGUACUGGUACAUGCAAUCGUUCGGCACAGUAUCCAGAUAUAUCGUAUUCAACCGUUCGCAGAAGGGGAGGAAGAUUGCCAGCCAAUCUAGUAGUCUGUGAGAUAAACACCUUCAAACGAAAUUUGGACCUUUCCUUCCUGCUGUAGACUGGUCAGG